AUGUUUUUCAAGACUCUUUUGUAAGAAAAGGGGUUGUAUGAUCUCAACAGAAUCUAUAAGUGUCUCUAUCUAGAGCAAUUUUAAACAGAUGACAUAGUUUGUAACUUUGGAGAAAAAGGAGAAAAAUUUUAUAUAGUCUUAAAAGGAAUAGUAGGAGUCAAAGUUCCUACCGAAAUAAAAACUACAUGCAAAAACUAUUUUGAAAUUAUGAAAUUCUUGAUCAGACAAAAAUAAAAUGUGACCAAAUUAAAAGAUAAUCACAGUAGAGUAGUUAAAAAAUUCAUAGAUUCUAUUGGAUCUGAGCCUUUGGACAAACUUGAAGGUCUUGAAUAGUUAAUAUCAUUUAUUGAUAAGAGAAGAUAAGUUUUGGAAUUUGAGAGAUAAUUGCAGCAAAUUGAGGAUAAUGCUUCUAAUAAUGAUUCUUUUGUGAUCCCAACAACUGAUAUAAAGAAAAAGAAAUAAGCUUAAAUUGAUUAGAGCUAAAAAGAAUAGUUCAUUAAUGAAUUUUAAAAAUAAAUUUUGAUUCAAAAGGACACAACUAAGACUAUUUCAUUCUCAAUUUAGUUAAUUGUUCUUACUGAAGUAGCUUAGCUGGAAGAAGGGAAGAGUUUCGGAGAACUUGCUUUAAUUACCGACUAAAAUAGAAAAGCUACUGUUUAUUGUAAAACCAAUAAUGUUGCUUUGGCAGUCCUAAUGAAAGGGGACUACUAAAGAUAUAUUGGAGAUAGUUUCAAAUAAAAAAUGGAUGAUGCAAUAAAAGUGCUGAAAAAUUAUGACAUCUUUAAGAAAGUAUCAAUGAGAAGAUUAUUCACACUUUACUAUUAUGCAAAGGAGAAACACUACUCUAAGUAAUGCUACUUAUAUAGAUAAGAUGAUAAAAUUGAUGGAGUCUAUUUGAUUGUGAAUGGAUCAUAUGAGAAACAAAGGAGAAAUGAACUUGUCUAUAAGAAAUCUGCUUCUCCAAUAAGAGAGAAUGGAUUUGAUCCUAAUUAGUUAGUGUUAUCACUUAUAUCUGGAUUUGAAAUUUUAGGCCUAGAAGAGAUUAUUUUAGGAUAUAAAUAAAGGUAACACUCUGUAUAGGUAGCUAGUGAAAAAGCUUUUGUAAUGUUUUUCUCUGAGAAAGAUUUCAAAGAAAGAAUCAUUAAGCCUCAUCCAGCAAUAUUAAAACAUUUGAGGUAAUAAUAUGCGAUGAAGCUAUAAUUCUACUCUAAAAGAGAAAAUGAGAUAAAUUAACUAAGAUUUUUAAUGGGUAAAGAGUAAAUAAAGAUAAUGGAUGCUUUAAAACUCCAGAGUAAAAGGACUUCCCUUGGUUUGAGAAGCUGUUCAGUAGAUAGAGCAAAAUUUAUUGAUUAGAGAGAAUAACUAUAACUUUUGAUUAAAGAUCAAAGAAUGAGAGGGUUGUACAACAGAGGAGGAUUGACUGAGUUCAGCAAUCUAAUGAUUUAGAAAUCUCUAAAUAUCGACAUGAUGCAUUUAAUGGAAUAAGAUAUGCUGAAGAAAUAAUAACAGAGUGAAUUUUUUAAGUCUAGGAAUAAUAGAACUGUCCUUAGUAAAAGUCAAAACAAUAUUAAGGCUAUGGGGUUGAAUGAUCCUAGAAAAGAUUCUCUAAAUAUGAGCAAAACACUCUAUUCCAACAUUAACGAAACUACUCAUGCUUCAUUUCUAAUUGAUGAAAAAGAAAAACCAGAUCCUAAAACAAGUCUGAGUACUAGGGGUAAACAGAGUGAGAGUAUUAUUCUCAAGAAAUUCGCUCUCAAGUAAAACACUACUAAUGAAAUCAAUAUCUAAACAUUAGAAAAAGUUACUGCAAGGCUUCAAAAUUAAAUUACUUAAUAAUGUGAGGCUUUAAGACAAGAUAGAGAAAAGAAGCAGCUAAUCUAGUUUUUGAGAAAUAAUGGCCAUAAUAUUGGGUAAUAGAUUGCUGAGUAAAGCAUCAAGAGAAUUCAGGAUGAUACAGAUGAUCAAAUAGAUUAGAAUUUAGUAACUUAUGAAGAAAUAGAGAGAAAAAGAAUGAUUUAAAGUCUCAGAAUUAAGUAUGGCUAAAGUCCCUUGCAAUCAAGACAUGAAGAAAGUAUUUCAUUCAGAGGGCCAAAGAAGAAAACUUUGGUCAUUAACAAUGCCAUAAAGAGUUUUGACAAGAAAACUCAAGAGAGAUAUUUAAAUGGGCCAUUACUCUAGGAAGAUUCUAUUCAGUUGGUGGAACUAUAAUCAAAAUAUGCGAUUGGAACAUAAAGGCAAGAUAACAUCCACUCUGAAUAGAAAACUAAGUCCAGAAACAAUUUUAUUGAUAAACUCAAUAGUAAAGCAAGUUUAUAGCAUGACACAAUGGGAUCCUCCAAAGACUAUUUCAUAAGACUCGACAGAGAUUAAGCAACAUUUAAAAAAAUAAAUGAUCAAAAAACGGUAGAUAACAUAAAUAAAACACCAAAGUUGAUAUCAUAGAAUUCGUUGUAUAAAUAGCCAGAUCCUAUAGUAUUUCAGCAAAUUCAACCUAAACUAUUGUCAAUAGUUUUGCCAAAUAAUAUUUAGCACUUUUAAAACUAGAAUUAACAGACAAUAAGUAAUAAUUAAUACUUGGAGUACGCUAAAUAGAACAUUUCUGUAACUUAAGAAGACAAUUUGCUUAAGCCAAAUGAAUCCUUUUCAAGAAAGAAAUUGAAGGGCUCUAAGAUGAAUAGUCAUCAUAAAUCAAGUAAUCUUAAUACAGAUUUACCUAGCACUAUUUAAUCAGAAGAACAUACACCUAGACUUUAAAAACCAUUAAAUAAAAUAAAAAUUAAUCGUAAGAAUCCAGCAUAAAGAUAAAUGAGUUCAUCAAUUGAUGUUCAUGCAAAUAAUCAUGUUUUCCAGGGAUUUGCAGAUCAAUCUGGGGAUAAGUUCCUAUUCAGAUUUAAAUCCCAUAUAAAGAUUUAAACUCCCACUCUGAAUUUUAAUAACAAUCAAAACACUAGAAACAAUAUCAGCUAAUUUAGUAAAUUUCAAGACAGUUUUUCAUUUAGAUAAAAUAGGCAAUCUAUUUCACCUGUCCUAAAUUAAAAGAUAUAUGAAAAAAUUUACCAAUUCAAAAAUUUUAAUCCAAUGAAGAAGCUAAAAAAAGCGACUAAUGAACCUAAUUUUAAUAGACUUUGA